AUGAUGAAGUUCAACUUUUAUGACCCAAGCUUGAUUUCGAACAAUGCUAAGGAUGAACAGACAAAUAACUUGCACCCUGUCGAUGCUAAGUGUUCUAUUUUAAAUGGUGAUUUGGCCACUAUGAUGAUCGAAAAAGAAAGAAGACAUGCAGCUGAAUUGAAUUGCGAAAUGUUGCUACAGGAACUUGAGUCAAGAGAAACAUAUCUUCAAGAUUUGAAAAAUUCGCUUUUUAAACGUAUGGAAGUAGCAGAGUAUCAAAUGAACAAACUUAUUUGUUUAAGAAAUGAAGAAACAGAAGAGGCUCAAAAAGCCAGUGAAAUAUUACGUUCUAGCAUAACCAAAUUAAGAGAACGCUAUAUAGUUGAUAAAAAAGAGCUUGAAAGCAAGAUAUGCUCCAUUCAAGACACGUACGAGGGCCGGAUCACAGAACUGAAUAAUAUAUUAAGACAAUCAGAGAAAAAUCGUGAAAAUUUGUUAGCAAAAUGUAAAACAUCGGAAUUCACAAUUCAAAAGUUAAAUAAAGAAAUUGCAAAUGGUAAGAGUGAAUUAAAUGACUCAAUGCGUCGCAUUGCUCAUCUUCAACAGAUUAAUUGUGACCUAUCCAACGAGUUGGCCAAGUUCAAGUUAACUGUCCAGAAAACUUCAGCUCGUGCGGAGAACUUGGCAAAACAAUACAAUGAGUUACGAUGCAAAACUGAACAAGCAAAUGCUAAUUUAACUCAAAAUGAAAAAGCUGUACGAACUGCGUCUGAAAGACGUUCAUCGGCCGAAAACGCAUUAGUUGCUGCACAUCACCGAGCUGAUAAUCUAUGUACACGUAAUACACAAUUGGAAAAAGAAUUGACCACUAUUAAGGUUCGUGCUGAAGAACAAGCAAAAGUGAAUGAUAUAACUGUGACAAAACUCAAACGUCGUUUACUUGCUAUUCAAAGUGAAGCUUCAAGAUGGAAACGAUCUUAUCAGGAGGAAAAAAAUAAUCGUGAUUUAGAUUCACAAAAAACAAAUGAAUUCAUUCAAACUAUUUUAGAUGAACGUAAUUAUUUAGAAAAAGAAUUAAAUUCAACAAAAAAUAAUAUGAAAGAACAUAUUUUAUUAAUUGAACAUUUACAAAAACAAGCUGCUUUUGACGCAUCUAAUGCAUCAACACGUUUAUUAGCUGCUUUAUCAACUGGUGAAGAAGGUGUAGCUACAGCAUUAGAAUUAAAACAAUGCAUUGAACAACAUUUACAACCGGAAUUAAAAUGUUUAGUAGAAAAAUGUAAACAUUUAGAGUCUGAACUCAUGGAAUCAAAUAGUAAAAAUAAAAAAUUACAAGAAGAUUUAAAUAAAGCCAAUGAAAUUAUUGAAAAAACAAAAUUAAAUUUAAACAAACAAAAUGAUAAUUUUAUAAAUGAAUUAAAUUUAUUGAAAGAGAAAAUUUCAGAAGCAAAUGAACAAAUAAAUAUUAAAUCAAAAUUAUUAGAAAAAUCAGAAAACCAGAUAGAACAAUAUCAAUUAGAAUUGAAUAAUUUACAUACAUCUAAAGUUAAUUUCAAUGAAUCAACGGCAGAAGAAUUAAAAAAUUUAACCAAAGAAUUAAAUGAUUUAAAAUUAACCCAUACUAUUGUACAAAAACAAUUACAUACUAAUCAACGUAUAAUUAAUAAAUUAAAAUUAACUAAAAAUACAGCAUUAAUUAAUUUAGAUAAAUUAAAAAUUGAAUUAAAAGAGAAAUGUGAUAAUUAUGAAAAACAAUUAAAUGAUAAAUCUAAUGAAAUCCAACAUAUACGUCAAAAAUUAAAACAAACUGAAAUUAAAUUAAAAGAAGCUAAUAAUAAAUAUGAAAAUCUUAUGGAAGAAUCUAAUAAUCAAUUAUGUUUUAGUCAAAAUAUUAUUAAACAAUUAGAAAAUACAACAAUGAAUCAAACUAAUCAAAUAACAAAAAUAAAUGAAAUGGAAUUAAAAAUAACUGAAUUAAAUAAUUUAUUAAAAGAAUCUGAAUUACGUUUAAAAUCUGUUAAUACAACAAAAGAAUUAAAUGAUCAACGUUAUAUAGAAUUAGAAAAUUGUUUUAAUCAAUUAAAAAUUAAAUUAAAUGAACGUGAAAAUUUAAUUCAAUUUUUAGAAAAUGAAAUACAAAAUAAAACUAAUUUAUUAAAUGAAAAAUUAAAAGAAUAUGAAUUACUUAAAGCAACGGUUGACCAACAACUUGCUAAUUCAAAUAAAACAGUAGAAUUUUCAACCAAUUUACAUAAAGAAAGUGAAAUACAAAAGUCUAAACUGGAAGAACAUAUUAGUCAACUUCAACAAGAAUUGUUAGAAGUUCAAAAAAUGAAUCGACAGUUACAAUUAGAUAUUCGGGAUUUAGAACGUAAGUUAUUGGAACAAAAUCAUGAUCAUACGAAUCAAAUAUCUGCGUAUAAUGAAAUCAAAUACCAAUUAAAAGUGCUAACCGAGAAGCAUAAUACACAAACAAAACAGUUGGAUGAUACAAAAUUAAAUGUUGAAACGUUAACUAAAGAGAAUCAGUUACUUCUUGAACAAAUUGAACAGGAUAAACAAAAACGUAGACAAUUAGAGCAACGAAUUCAGAAUGAAUCGAAAUCACAUGAAGAAUCAAAAACUAUUCUUACUAAUCAAAUUUCAGAUUUGAAUACAAAGUUAAACAACACUGAAAAACGACUACAUGAAACCGAGAAUCAAUUUUAUUUAGCUGAACAAAAAGCGGAAUUAGCUUGUCAAAAAGUUAAACAAUUAACUAUUGAAGCAGCAGCUGUUAAAAAUCUUCCUCAUUUGGCAAAUUAUUCUGUACAUGCUGAUGAACAUAAUGAUAUUGUUUUAGAUUCCAACUUACAUCAUAAUAAUGGUUUACACUUAGUUGAUAAUCAGAAAAAUAGAUCCAAAUCAAUUUCACAUCAACUUCACAGUCGUAAUCCUUCAUCUGUAAAAUUGUUAGUGGAAGAUAACGCAUUUUCGAAUUCAGGUCUAAGUAACUACAAAUUAACGGCCUCAAAUCGAUCUUCUAUGAAUUUUGCGCCAUCCUCUCUCAUCGAUAAUUUAGGGAACGUAAGACGAUCUAUGGAGAAUUCAUCAGAUCCUGCUGGUGAUUUAGAAACUUUAAUCCGUCAAGUUACAAACAAAUUAGAUCAACAAGAGCGAAGUUGA